AUGGAAAACUACAGCUACAACAGCUUCAUACUCCAGCUGGAGGGGUUCAGUGUCACGAAGGAUUCAAUGUACCCUGUCUUUUGCCUGUUCUUUAUUUCCUACAUUCUUUCAAUGGUUCUGAAUUUAGGCCUUUUGGUUAUAAUUUGGAUUGACAAGAACCUUCACCAGCCCAUGUAUCUGCUGUUAUGCAACCUGUCAGUCAGUGACAUUAUUGGAAGUACUCAUAUUUUGCCCCGUAUGCUUGCAGAUAUCUUGAGGCCUCCCUCUGAGCGUCUCAUCAGUUAUUAUGAGUGUGUAGUCCAAGCUUUCACCACCCAGUUUUUCAGUAGCACUUCCCACACUGUUCUCAUGAUUAUGGCCUUUGACAGAUAUGUGGCCAUCUGCAAUCCCCUGCAUUAUGCUGCCAUAAUGACCAACAAGAUGUUGAUCAAGCUGACAGUUUCUGCCUGGGGAGUGGCCUUUUUUUUGGUGGGGAUUCUUCUCGGUCUGACCAUACGGCUGAACCGAUGCAGGACUCUGAUCAUGAAUCCCUACUGUGACAAUGCCUCACUGUUUAAGCUCUCCUGUGAAGAUAUAUUCAUUAAUAACAUCUACGGCCUCAGUUACACUGCAGCCUUGCUCACCUCCUCUAUAGGCAGCAUUGUUCUCACCUAUGCAAAGAUUACAGUAGUUUGUCUGACCAGUAAGAACAAGUCUUUGAACAGUAAAGCCUUAAAGACCUGCAGCACUCACCUGGUUGUGUAUCUGAUCAUGUUGAUCAGUGGAUUUAUUGCCAUUAUUCUGCAUCGUUUCCCGCAGUACUCAGACUACAGAAAACUUUCUGCCAUUCUGUUUGUAAUCGUCCCUGGCACUCUCAACCCCAUUAUUUAUGGUGUGCAGUCCAAAGAGAUACGAAAACGAACUGCAGCUUUUAUCAGAGCAACAAGAAGGUUAAAGAGUCUGUUCACCCAGCAAAUGGGGUAUGAAAACCCUCAGCAGACGGCUGCAGGCAUUCACACUCGCCUGUACAGCCGAGCCUUCAUCAUUGACGACGGGAGGCGGAGAGUCGUGUUCGUCACUGCAGAUGGGGAGAACAGAGUUCAGGAGGCCGCCCCGGAGGACGACCCAACAGGCCGGGCAGAACAGGGAGGCAACAACGUUCAGGAGGUCACCUGGGAGGACGACCCAACUGGGCGGGAGGACCAGAGGGUCCACAGAGUUCAGGUGGCUGUCCCGGAGUACGGCCCUGGAGGCCGGACUGUUCAGGGGGACGGCAGGAAGGCCAACAAAGAGGCUGGAAACCCACUGGAGACCUCUCCGGAGGUCGGCACCCAAAGCUCUAGUGCUCUGGAGCUGCAGCUGGGCUGA